GUAGCCUGUGAAACUCCUCCAACAACACGUUCUGCGUUUCUGUAUAAUGAAGAGAGGAACUGCAAAGCUUUAACAGCUUUUGACUUUUUUAACAUAAACAGUAAUUCACCGGGACGCACGGGACAAGCUGUUGGGAACACGUGGUUAAAAUAUUUGCAUUGAAAAGGUGUACAAAUUAAAUGGUUCAGCACUAAACCAUGAUAAUAUUAACCUGUUAAGUAGCCAGAUGAAAGUAAAUAAGCAUCAUGGAUGAUCAACAGCUGGAUGAACAGUCUGAUGAAACACCUUGCAGCAGUCUUUCCUCCUCCAGCACCUCUAGGGAAAGGAAAAUGACAGUUCCAAGGCGAAUUAAAAACAGGAACAAAGCUGAUUUAAAGCUACCUGCUGAUAACAAUUCAGCCUGCUCUUCAGGAAAGAUUGCAGAGAAAAAGCUUGCAGCAGGGGACCCUCUCUGCAAAGAUGAGGUGGCGCCAAGUUCACUAUAUCAGAAUUUUACUUUCAUCAACUCUGAAGGUGUUGCAGGUAACUAUGACGUUCCAUCUGAUGAAUACUCCAACGGAGUGACCUCUGGUAAUUUCGACAGGGCACGAGUUGAGGACAGUCUAACUGAGGUGUCGAAUAAAACAGGGGAGGGAGAGAACCUGGACACCAUGGUUCAUAUGCAGUGUGAUUCUGAUGAUUCGUACAAUGACAGCUUCACCGUUGUGCACAUGAAGGCCAAAGUGGAGCAGCCUGCUGAUGGGGUAGAGGAAAGCCUGUCUUCUGACUCGAUAGGAAGGAGCAAGUAUGAGAAUGGGGAUCAGGAGAAGAAGAUCAAACUAAAUUCGGAGCAACUUAAACAACAGGAGCCUACAAAAAAGGCAGAGACUGUCACAGCUGAAGUAAUCGAGAAAAAGAAAGUGGCAGACAACACCGGCAAGGACGCAGAGAACAGGCCGUACAAGUGCAUGCAGUGUGGCCGAGCAUUUAAAAAGUCCAGCAACCUGCUGAGCCACAUUGAAACUCACAGCGGGCUGAAGCCAUACUCGUGCGAGCUCUGCGGGAAGGCGUACUCACACCAGGGCACGCUGCAGCAGCACAAGAGGCUGCACACAGGGGAGCGGCCAUACAAGUGCCCGUACUGCGACAAGACGUACAUCUGGUCCUCGGACUUCCGCAAGCACAUCCGCACACACACGGGGGAGAAGCCGUAUGUGUGCGCGGCCUGUGCGAAGGCGUUCGUGCGCUCCUCCGACCUGCGCAAGCACGAGCGCAACAUGCACAACAACAACAAGCCCUACCCGUGCCAGGAGUGUGGCAAGACCUUCAACAAGCCGCUGUCUCUGCUCCGGCACCAGCGCACCCACCUGGGGGAGAAGCCCUUCCGCUGCCCCGACUGUGGGAAGGAGUUUGCAGUGGCCAGCAGGAUGGUGGAGCACCAGAGGACCCACACUGGGGAGCGGCCCUUUAUCUGCCCCAUUUGCAGCAAGUCCUUCACCAAGUCUUCCAACCUCUUCGAGCACCAGACCCUCCACACGGGGCAGCGCCCUUUCAAAUGCUCGGAGUGCGGGAUGUCUUUCGCCCAGUCGUCCCGGCUUAUCCGCCACCAGCGCAUCCACACCGGGGAGCGGCCCUUCGUCUGCCCCAAGUGCGGCCAGGCCUUUGCCCGCUCCUCCACCCUCAAGCGCCACCAGCAGAUCCACUCUGACAAGAAGGCCUUUCUUUGCACGCAAUGUGGCAAAGCCUUCCGCCACGCCUCCCAGCUGACUCAGCACACCCGCAUCCACACCGGGGAGAGACCGUAUCAGUGCCCCCAAUGUGGGAAAGCAUUCACCCAGUCCACCCACCUCAUCCGCCACCAGAACAAACACAGCCUGGAGAAGGCAGAGCCGGUGUUGGAGGAGACAGACUCACUUUAUAACUCUUCUUGCAGCCCGCGGCCGGCCUCUGGAAUCAUUUAGAAUUUUUUUUUUUUUUUUUUUUAAUCAGCAAGAUAAAAUUUAAAAAACACUUAAUGUUUAAAUGAGUCAGACGUUGGUGGGUGGCUGCUCUGUAUGUCAGGGGUAUUGAGUUCAAAUGCUGUUGAGCCAUUCCAUUAAUAUUUGCAUUGUGUUUUAGUGUAUCUAAGGGACCCUGAUUAGCUUACUAACAUUAGGUCGUGUGAGCCAGGGGUCGGGAAACCAGCUGCAAGGGUUUUGAUUAUCAGUAGUAAUAUUCAGGGAGGUAGGAUUCUGUAUCGUAAAAGUAAAAGCUUUUCUAAAACAAAAAAUUUAUGACUACAGAAGACCUUAGUUUACCAGCGAUGCCCCAAAUUAUGUAACUUCUGUUUUGUAUCAUUGUACUUUGUAUUCAUGUAUCAUAGCCAGUUGUGCACAGACCAUAAAUGUUCAACUGGAAAACAUGGCAGUUCUAAGAGGUUUAUACGGCCUGGUUUGAACAAAAAAAAUACUGUAAUAAGUGUCGAAGGCAUCAUAAAUCCCAAAAGACACUAUAAAUGUCAACUGGUGGUUCGUUUGUGAUUUUAACAAUUUUAGACAGAUUUUAAUCCUGAAGAAUGAUACUGAUUUCUACCCAAGGUACAGGGAUUAUGGGUUGGUUUAAACUGAAACCAAAUCAAAAAAUAAAAACACAGUGGCUGAUGGUAAAUCAUUUUGCAUGUGUCAAAUGUGGCUUGCUGAGUUGGAAGGUAUACACUGCAUUAUUCUUGCUCUUUUUUUUUUUUUUUUUUGAGAAAUGAAAUGUUCUCUUGCAUGUGAACCAUUGUACCCUGACAGUAGCACAGGUCAUUCACAGCAGUGCACUUGUAUCUGUUGGAAUAUCACAGUUACACAGUCACAGUAUUCUAAUGUCAGGUGCUUCCCUUCAUCCAUUGCUGUUGUGUCGCGUGGGCCAAAAAUAGGGCAGAAACUUCCAGAAGGUGUUUCUGUAAUUCUAGUUCACAGUAAAGGGGACAGAUUGAUGUAACAUGAAUGCCAAACAAAUGUUGAGUUUCUAAAACUAGAUUUGUUACAAAUAAAUAAAUAAAAGAAAUCCAACUGCUAAUGUAAAACAAUAUAUAAACUUGCAUUGUUUAUGUUGUCGGAUAAAAACUUUAUUAAGAGCACAUUUUUACAGUCCUAAUUUCCUAAAAAUCAUGGAAUAUACUUUUUGCACUUACCUAUUUGCCAAUGAGAGUUUGGAGAAUGUCACUUAAGUAGUGAAAACGAGCAUCGUGUUAAUAAACUGUAUGCUAUGUAAAUUGCAAUUUUACAAUUUUUAAUUUAUAACCUCUGAGUUACAAAUUCCACCUUGAAUUCCACCUUAACUAAACCUUAUAGAGCAUGAAGCAGUGUUUAAAUGUUGUACAGUAGAUGUACCGUAUUACUGUUACCGUUUUACUGAGGAUCUCCGCAUUUAAACAUUAUUUUAAAAAGUUAAAAAAAAAGAAUUUGUAUUAAAUGGCAAUCAAUAACAAAAACAGAGGUUGUGUGUUACUGACCUGUUUUCACAUCAUCUGUGAUUUUAUAUAUAUCGAAAACCUUACAAAUAAAAAGCUGUCAGUUUUUGUAUUUUUUUUUUUUAUU